AUGCCUCCAGCGAGUUCUUCAGCACAGGAGGUGCUGAAGUUUAACCUUGGUAUGGACUUGGAUGUCCCAGCCACCCAAGGCCCAUUUAACCUUGGAUUCAGCCAUCCUGUCCAACCCACGCCUGCCAAUCUGAUACAGACCUCCGGCAUGGACCUUGACAUCCCAGGCGUGCAAGGACCAUUCAACUUUGGAUUUGGCAGUACUGUGCAGCCCACACCGGCCAAUGUGGUACAGCUGUCCACAGGAGCUCAGCCUCUCAAUUUGGGAUUCAAUCUCCCUAUUGUACCACCGGCAUCACUGCAACCAAUCUCUGGUGUCCCCAUCGCAAAGCCAUUCAACCUGGGGUUUAAUAUUCCAGUUGAAUCCAAGGUGCCAGCGACCGCAUCGCCACUCUCCCAGCUGUUCAAUUUAAGUGUUAACAUCCCUGUCAAAGCUCCUGUCAACAUCCAGGAAACUUCGACCAGACCUCCGGCAUGCCCUCCUGCCAGUGGUCCCUCCCAGCAUGUUGGCUAUGACAGCAAUAACAGAGCAUUCGAGUUUGGAUGUCAGCUACCGACACCAGUUAGCCAGUGGCAACCUGAACUCAUCAAGGUGCCAGAGCCGUCACCUCCUCAGGAAGUGCCAGCGCUGGCAGGAACAUCGACUGUAUAUUCAAUUGUAAUGUUGCCAAAUAGCGAUGGGCAUCUAGUCCCACCGACCCUGGCAUCUUUGGUGAUUGACAUUGUGCAGCGCCUUGGAGGAGAAGAAUUUGAUGAACUGGCCCAGAUGAUGGUCGGCGCCGCCUUGGACCCAGGUGAUGAUGUCCGGGAUCCUCACCCUGAUGAAGUACUGGCAACCAAUCGUGUGAUGCUCAUCGCAUUCUGCAAAACCAGGGACAGGCUAACCCAGAUCUUCAAAGACCUCAUAAGCUUGCAUCACAUUUCACAGGCUCAUCAACAGGUCGUCCCAACAGUGGCUUCCUUAUUGCAACAAAUUGAAGCCGCAGAAGCAAAGACUAUGAAUGCAGAGUAG